AUGCUACCCUUACGCAAACGAUCAAAACUAAAUCCGUAUACGGAACAGUCAACAACUUCUUCACAAGAUACCACAGAACAGGGGCGUACUACUCCCAGUAACAUUCAGCAUGCUGCGGCUCCCAACAAAGAGCUCAAAUCGAAGGCCAAUUCGUAUGGAACCUGGCCGCGCAAAUCUAUCGCCUCUACACAGGUAGCGAGAGAGACAAUCUUAGCCGAUAAACCAUCGAAUGGGAGUCAUUACGAUCAAAGAAAACCUUCAUCAGUCGCAUCUAGACCCCCAUCAAUGUUCCCAGGGAAAAGUAAACCAGCAUCGGAAAUAACAUUGGGCGUUCCACCACAGGAGGCUCCGAACAAUGAGACAAAUAGCAAGGAUGAUGAGAAUGUACCACGGGAUGUUGUGAAUCCGCAAACACCUCGAGCCCGAUUUUUGAGGGAGUCGGAUACGCCCAAAGAAAUCACCUCGACAAGCUCACCGGUCGCCGAAAUUGCUGAGCGGCCUGCCACCUCUCAAGGCUGGUUAGGCUGGCUAGGCAUGCCAUCGCCAACCUCAAAAGAUUUGGUUCCUAUGGUUGAAGAGCCUCGAAGGCAAAAUCCUGAGGAAAUUCCUUCGGAUGAAACAAUUAUAUCGCAGCAGACAAUUCUAGACGAAACGAUCCAGGUCCCAGACCAGACUUUGUCAUCGUCGAGAUCAUGGUUCAAUUUAUGGCCAGCCUCUCAACCUCCAGUUCCUGCAGAAGGCCUAAAAGAACCAAUUGUGACGCAAGUAAUGGAGGACAAUCCUGACAUAGUAAUGGAAGAUGCAUCGGAAGAUGCACCUAAACCUGCACCGCCUACUACACCGAGUAGAUCUACAAUACAACCUGGUGGUUAUACUUGGGCGUCGGCUUUUUGGUACACCGAUAACAACAAAACGAGUACCGAUCUUCUCGAAACCCCGGAUAAGGGGGGAAUCGGCGAGCUAGCUGUCUCGGGCGAUCAGUCUCAAAGUCACCCGUUACCAGCCAAGGUGGUUCCAGCUGUCGAUACCAAGGCAUCUCAGGCCGAUAAAAAGUCGAAAGGCAGCAAAAGUGGUCGACUGAAGUCUGUAGAGAUCGAGGCAAUCUCACAGAAAACUGCAAGUGCACAAUUAGAUGAUCCACCCAAGAAAGUCACCACCCCAUCCCAGAUUUUAUCGACACGUAACCUAUUACUUCCAUCUGUACAAAGUACUUACCACUUGAUGGGAAAUCCCUCAAUCCUACGGCAGCUAACAAAAUUGAUUAUACGUAGUCGACAGAAACCCAUGAAGCAUGUGUUUUUGGCCAAAGAAGUACCAAAGAUCAAGAAUGCAGUCGCAAUAGGUGUGCAUGGACUAUUUCCUGCACCUUUACUGCGUAAACUCAUCGGACAGCCUAGUGGGACUUCAAUAAGAUUUGCCAAUCAUGCAGCGGCUGCUAUUAGGCGGUGGACAGAUGCACACGGGUCUCCCGAUUGUGAAAUAGAGAAAGUGGCACUUGAUGGCGAGGGCAAAAUUUUUGAGAGGGUUGAUAAGCUAUGGAGAUUGCUCAGUAACUGGACCGAUCGAAUACGACAAGCCGAUUUUAUAAUGGUGGCUGCUCAUUCACAAGGCGUGCCCGUUGCCCUGAUGCUUAUUGCAAAGUUGAUAGAGGAGGGCAUAGUAUCAUCAGCUAGAAUCGGCGUAUGUGCAAUGGCUGGUGUAUCAUUGGGUCCUUUUGCCAGUCACCAAACUGGGUACCAAGCAGCCUUAUUUAACGAGACGAUAACAGAACUCUUCGAGUUUGCAAAUUACGAAAGUGAUGUGGCGAAACAUUAUGAAAAGGCACUUCGACGAGUCUUAAAGUAUGGAUCUGCCAUCUUCUCGCCUGCAGAACAUCCCUAUAUUUACCGAGCUGUGUUUGUGGAUGGACGUAUACAUGCUCCGGACUUUAUCGCUCACUUGGUCGGCUUCGCGUUGAAAUUACGCAACCUCGGUGUGUCAGAUCAUGGACUCAUUCGUGAACUAUCGGCGCCUCUGGCCGGAAGUCUUUAUACUGGCGGUGGUCACUCUCGUCUCUACGAUGAGGACAAAAUCUAUGACAUGGCAAUGGAUCACGCUCUUACCACUACCUCAGUACCUGAUGUCCCACUGCAUAUAUCCCAAUAUUCUCCACCUACAAACGCAAACCCUUACGUUUUGCCCUGGAUCAUGCGUGGGGUUCUCGAGGAAGAAUUUGUGAAAACAGAACUGCAUACCGAGGCAGUAGAGCUACUGGAACAAUUCGAUGAUUGGAAACCUAGUAGUAAAGUUUUACAAGAUGUAAAAUACAGAUUAGAGGCUGUCAGAUCUAAACUAUGA